AAUAUUCGUAGGCAAGUUCUCGGCAAUGGUUCUUAUUUACAUAAGUGUCAGGCUACGGGACGUGUUCGAGGAAAACUAAAGGCUGGCAGCUUGGGUUCAGCCUACACGCAGUUUGCAUGGAAAACGGAAACUUCCCUGUACAACUGGUACCGAGCCGUAUAACUGCGCGGGGCUUCCACUGGGGGGCGCUGCGCUGACACGUCAGAUCUCCCACUGUCACAACUCCCUGACUUGGAAACACAGCACUUUGUGCAGCCGGGAAUCCAGGAAACAGAAGAGUUCAAACUUCAGAAAGAGCAGGACUGUCGCACUGCCCUCGGCUCCUGCUGUCGGUUAUUGAAGAAUUCACCCAAAGAGAUUACCGUAUUGCUCUGUAAGGUGUGCUGACAAAAAAGGAAACCAAUCAAGAAUAAUACUGGGGAGCAAGUGUUGCAGGUUUAUGCAGAAAAAACAUAGAGUUGUGAAACAGGAAGCUGUCCAAAGGAAUGUGGUUAUCCAGAACAUGCUGCACACUGAACAUCCGUUCUCAACUUACAUUGAAUGGGAAACUGAUUAAUAAUGGGGGAUUCAGCCUCUGCACAAAUUUGGAAAACGAGGUUGCUUGAUGGAAUAUUGCUUAUGUAAAGCAAUAUUGGAGGUCAACAAAAGUGGGUAGAGUUGUCUGUUUACUGGAUUUUCCCACGUAUCCAACUGAGAUUGUUUAAAGUUAAAACCCAAUGGAACCGAAGUCUAACUGCCCCAGUGUUAGAAUCCCCAGUUAUAAUGAGAAACGCCAAAAUAGGAAGAGAUUUACAGUUUACAAAGUUAUAGUGUCUAUGGGACGGAAUGAGUGGUUUGUCUUCCGACGUUAUGCAGAGUUUGAUAAACUAUACAACACACUUAGAAAACAGUACCCAUAUAUGAACUUGAAGAUUCCUGCAAAGAGGAUAUUUGGUGAUAAUUUUGAUCCGGACUUUAUCCAGCAAAGAAGAGCAGGACUACACGAAUUUAUUCAGAAUUUACUCGGUCAUUCGGAAUUAUGCAGCCACCCUGAUGUCCAGUCCUUCCUUCAGCUGGACUCUCCCAAGCAUCAAUCUGAUCCAUCAGAGGAUGAAGAUGAAAGAACUGAUCAAAAGAAUGGUUCUGCCUCAAGGGAAGUCAACCUGGGACCCUCUGGAAACCCUCAUGCUAAGCCUUCAGACUUUGAAUACCUCAAACUGAUUGGAAAAGGGAGCUUUGGAAAGGUCGUGCUUACUAGGGGAAAGCGUGAUGGACGUUAUUAUGCAGUCAAAGUGUUACAGAAGACUGUUAUUCUCAAUAAGAAAGAGCAAAAGCACAUCAUGGCCGAACGGAACGUACUGCUGAAAAAUGUGAAACAUCCAUUUUUAGUAACACUACACUAUUCCUUUCAAACGUCCGACAAGUUGUUUUUUGUCCUGGAUUUUAUAAAUGGCGGUGAGCUUUUUUUUCACUUACAAAGAGAGCGAUAUUUUGCAGAGCCCAGAGCUCUGUUCUACUCUGCAGAAAUAUGCUGUGCUUUGGGCUACUUGCAUUCCAUCGAUAUCAUAUACAGGGACUUAAAACCUGAAAAUAUUCUUUUGGAUUCUCAGGGUCAUAUUGUAUUAACUGAUUUUGGUCUAUGCAAGGAAGGGAUCUCAAAUUCUGACACCACAUUCACCUUUUGCGGGACACCAGAGUAUCUUGCUCCUGAAGUUAUAUUGAAGCAACCAUAUGACAACACAGUGGAUUGGUGGUGCCUUGGCUCUGUCCUGUAUGAAAUGUUGCAUGGACUGCCACCCUUUUAUAAUCGUGACACAGCUACAAUGUAUGAGAAUAUUCUACACAAGCCCCUUACUACAAGGCCUGAUAUAAGUUUGCCUGCUAUCUCAAUCUUGGAAGAACUUCUUGAGAAGAACCCAAAGAUGCGACUCGGAGUUUAUAAUGAUUUCCAAGACAUUAAGAAUCAUGAUUUUUUUGCCUCUAUAAACUGGACUGAUCUAGUUGACAAGAAGAUCACUCCUCCUUAUGAUCCCCACGUGAAUGGCCCUGAUGAUAUAUCAAAUUUUGAUAAGGAAUUUACUGAAGAAAUGGUGCCGUAUUCAGUCUGCGUGUCUUCUGACUAUUCAAUCGUGAAUGCCAGCGUGGAAGAGGCAGACGAUGCAUUUGUGGGAUUUUCUUAUGCACCUCCCUCUGAUGACUUUUUCUAUUAGAGACUACUAUACACAUAUAUAUUUUCAAGGGGCCAACUGGAAUUUGAUAUAUGACCAAACCACAACUGAAGUGCCUGAAAUCUGAACUGCAGGAUCCUUGCUAUUAAACAAUGGAACCAGACAAUGCUUAUUGCAUUUCAUCUUUACUAAGCUUAUUCAUUAACACUGUGCAAUAAUCAUUUUGCAAUCUCUAUUUUUUCCUAUGGACUAAUAGCACUGGUAGAGACCAAUGUAGGGGCUGCUCAGCUAUUGUGCUUUUUUAGUCCCCCCAUUUAAAAUGGGUUGUUUCUUUUUUCAUGGAAAAAAUUGAUUAAAACCAAAUACAAAAAGUGA